AUGCAGACCACCCACACUGACGGCAGCUCCGCGCCCAGCACUGGCUACCACACGCUCGAGAAGCGUCACUCUUUUAACGGGCGAGGAACUUACUAUCAACCCGAUCGUGGAGCUUGCGGAUGGGUCAACUCUGCUGAUGAUAGCAUCGUCGCAAUCAGCGUCCAUCAGUGGGACGGAGGCAGCCAUUGCGGGGAGAACAUCAGAGUCUGCCACGAUGGCCGCUGCAUUUCCGUCCAAGUCGUCGACAUGUGCCCUUCCUGCCACGUUGGCUCGCUUGACUUCAGUCCCAGCGCCUUCUCGCAGCUCGCGCCCAAGAGUGAAGGUGUCAUUGGGAUUGGGUGAGUUGCUUUGCGGCCUCUGCAGCAGCAUCCGCUGCAGGCUUUUACCUCAGUUCACAUCGCCUUUCUUUCCGUGUCCGCUUCAGAUGGGACUAUAACUGAAUGAUCUCUGGUCCUGAAAGCCUUCUGCGUCGGCCUCCGUCGCGCC